AAUUCCUUCAGGUCUGGUUAAACUCUGGAUUUGUGCGUACUCACUCCUCUCCCACGUGUGUCUUACACCCUACUCUGAGCUGCCACAGCCUACUUAAAACUUUGUGCAGCAAAUCUCAAUCUGGUUUCAGCUUCAUGUUGAACAUGAGCCUUGUUAUGAUCAGUGAGAAUGUAAAGCUGGCCCGUGAAUAUGCCUUACUGGGAAAUUAUGACUCUGCGAUGGUCUACUACCAGGGAGUUCUUGACCAAAUGAAUAAGUACCUCUACUCUGUCAGAGAUACCUAUCUGCAGCAGAAAUGGCAACAGGUUUGGCAGGAGAUAAGUGUAGAAGCUAAACACGUGAAAGAUAUAAUGAAAACUCUAGAGAGCUUUAAACUAGACAGUACUCCAUUGAAAGCUUCACAACAAGAAUUACCAGCUCAUGAUGCAGAAGUCUGGUCUUUGCCAGUACCUGCUGAACGUAGACCUUCGCCGGGACCCAGAAAGCGUCAGUCUGCUCCGUGCAGUGAUUGCAGAGCUCACAAUAAUCGUAUAAGUGCAGCUGUCAGAGGCCCUCACCGUCCGUCCUCUCGAAAUCUCAAUGAUAAAGGGAAGGCAGUCCGCAGCCGGGAAAAAAAGGAUCAGCAAAAUAAAGGAAAAGAGGAAAAGAACAAAUCCACAUCUGAGAUUUCAGAGCCUGAACCAAAGAAAUUUGAUGGUACUGGAUACGAUAAAGAUUUGGUAGAAGCUUUGGAAAGAGAUAUAAUUUCUCAGAAUCCCAACAUUCGAUGGGAUGACAUUGCUGAUUUAGUAGAUGCCAAAAAGCUGCUUAAGGAAGCUGUAGUUUUACCUAUGUGGAUGCCAGAAUUUUUUAAGGGAAUUAGAAGACCAUGGAAGGGUGUGCUGAUGGUUGGUCCUCCUGGUACUGGAAAGACCCUCCUGGCAAAAGCUGUAGCCACGGAAUGCAAGACUACUUUUUUCAAUGUUUCUUCUUCCACACUUACCUCAAAAUACAGAGGAGAAUCUGAGAAACUUGUUCGUCUACUCUUUGAAAUGGCUCGAUUUUAUGCCCCGACAACUAUAUUUAUUGAUGAGAUAGACUCUAUCUGUAGUCGCAGGGGAACUUCAGAGGAGCACGAAGCCAGCCGGCGUGUGAAGGCAGAACUGCUAGUUCAAAUGGAUGGUGUUGGAGGGGCUACUGAAAAUGAUGAUCCUUCUAAGAUGGUCAUGGUACUUGCUGCUACUAAUUUUCCUUGGGAUAUUGAUGAAGCCCUAAGACGGAGACUAGAAAAGAGAAUUUACAUUCCGUUGCCAUCAGCGAAAGGUAGAGAGGAACUCCUAAGAAUAAAUCUGCGAGAGCUGGAACUGGCUGAUGAUGUCGACCUUGCAAAUAUAGCUGAGAAAAUGGAGGGUUAUUCAGGUGCAGACAUUACCAACGUAUGCAGAGAUGCAUCGUUGAUGGCUAUGAGAAGGCGAAUUGAGGGCUUGACACCAGAAGAAAUAAGAAAUCUUUCCCGAGACGACAUGCACAUGCCAACAACUAUGGAAGACUUUGAAAUAGCUUUGAAGAAGGUUUCUAAAUCUGUAUCUGCUGCGGACAUUGAGAAAUAUGAGAAAUGGAUAGUUGAAUUUGGGUCAUGCUGAGUUGAAGAAGCCACCUUACGUCUUAAAACAGCUUUAGAAGUAAUAAGUAGUGUGUCAGUGCACUGCGGGCUCUUUUUAACUUUUGUAAUUUAAGAGCAACGGAUGUCUAAAUAAAUUUUUUUUUAAAAUGC